CGCACCAAUUGCAUCGACGACCUUCGUUCUCCAUACUUCAACCACGGGACGAACUUUGAUCAGAAAUCCGAGGCACCAUGAAGACAAACACUGCAGUAUUAUUGGGAUGGUCGUGGGAAAUACUGGCCAUUACAGUCAGCCUCGGCUGCAUGACCAGCAUCGUCACCAUCCUGGUGAAGAUGAAAGACCAUCCACUAUCCGAGUGGACAUUUUCCCUCAGUCUCCCAGCAACCAUCUCCAUUUCCAGCACAGCGGCCAAAUCGACGGCGGGCUUUGGCGUGGCUGCCUGCAUAAGCCAGUAUAAGUGGCUGUACUUCAAGAUGGCCGCGCGCACCCUGGGCGAUUUUGACCUUUUCGAGGAAGCGAGCCGCGGCCCUGUUGGGUCCCUGAGGCUUCUUGCGACGAGGCCAAGGGAACUCGCGAGCAUUGGUGCGCGCGGCUACUAUACUCGCUUUGGGUUCACGCCGUUUACUGUCGCUGUCGAUGAUGGUAGAGCAUCAUUCGGCCUCGCCCAUAGAUACAGAGCUAGCGCACGAUCUAUAGACGGGGUUGGUGUCAAUUUUCAAGUUGAAGCCUCAACUGCCGACAAGUCGAUGCAAGGGGCCAUCUACAGAGGCUUCGCUUGUGCAGACGUUACGAAUGCCACUCUACUGGGCAUAAGCCCGUCAUUAUGGAAUGGUCUCGGCAGUGCCUCCCUCCUGAGCGCCGUAUAUCCUGGGAGAGGAUCGGAUCCCAAUCCCAACGAUCUCAUCCAACACGGCGCCUUGAUUCCCGCCAACAUUGCCCGUAUCACGGUGCUGAGAGUGCCGAGCGAUUGGACAAGUUGGUUUAUCCAGUAUAGCAAGAUGGAAAUCGUUGAAUGCAAAGUCAGCCUAGCAGCAUACAGCUAUUCCGGUAUAUCCGCAUCCGGCAGUAACCUCACCAUCGCCAAGCAAGAGUUGAUCCCUCUCAACCCUGGAGUUGCAACGUGGAACUUGUCGGAUACGGCACCAACCCCCUCUCUCGACAUAGUGUUCAACCAAAGUGGGUUAUCCGUCCUGAAAGCCUCCGUCCAAGAUGUCAGUGCCCUGAAUCUGCUGUUCGUCUCGGACCGUUUCAACGGCAGCAUAUACGAUGGAGAAGAGCCACCAUCUCCGCCACAAGGGGUCGCAGAUGUGUUUCGCAGCGGCGAUAUUUCACAGACGUUCCAAAACAUGGCUAGGAGCAUGACGGAUCAGCUCCGGUCGAGUUACAACGUCACAGCCCGGGGGCUGAGCAUGGAUCAGGUGGUAUUCGUCCAGGUUCGAUGGGAGUGGCUGAUUCUUCCCGCCGUCGUGCAGGUCUCCUCGGUAUUAUUCGUCUUCUUGAUUGUUGUCAGGAGCAGGAGGACAAGGGAGUUGCAGCUGUGGAAAUUGUCCACGGUCGCGUUCCUGUUCCAUGGCGUGAUGCAUCAGGAUGAUGUUGAUGGUGCGCGAAUUCUUGGGACCAGUACGAAGGCGAGGUUGAAGUAA